AUGCUCUCAGGCAGCCGCUUCACGACGUACCUCUUUGCGUCGACGGCGCUCGUCGUGGGCGUCACGUACCACACUCACUCCAUCCGCCGCCAGUUCUACCCGACGGUCAUCGCACUGACCACCAACAAGGUAGCUUCGCUUGUGCUGGCCAACGCAGCCCUAGCGCUCACGCUGCUCGUGGGGCGCAUACUCAAGUCGGCCUUCUUCGGCCGCCUUCGCGAGGCGGAGGUGGAGCACCUGUACGAGCGCGCGUGGUACGCCAUCACCGAGACCUGCCUCGCGAUGACCAUCUUCCGUGAAGAGUUCAACAUAUCGUUCUGUGCGAUGUUUUGCGCGCUCCUCUUCAUCAAGUCGUUCCACUGGCUUCUGCAGGAUCGGAUCGCCUUCCUCGAGCAGGCGCCGGAGGUGCGGCUCGUCACUCACCUCCGGGUGCUCGGCCUCACCUCGGCGCUCGCCGCCCUCGACGCCGCGUUCCUCUACCACGCUCUUUCGUCCUCCAUCGCACGCGGGCCGUCGGUGCUGCUGCUCUUCGCGUUCGAGUACCUACUUCUCUCGAGCACCAUUGCCGCCACCUUCGUCAAGUACGCCCUCUACGUCAAUGAGGCGCGCCUAGGCGGCCGCUGGGACGAGAAGGGUGUCUACCUCUUCUACCUCGACCUCGCGACCGACCUGUUCCACAUGCUCAUCUACCUCGGCUUCUUCCAUCCGCCCCACCCCCUCCCGCCCCUCGCUCCUCACCCGCCGGUGCGCCGCCCGCCAGGCCUCCCUCUCCACAUCAUGCGCGACCUCUACCUCACCUGCCGCUCCUUCCGCUCGCGCGUCGUCGACUUCCUCCGCUAUAGAGCCAUCAUGCGAAACAUGCAAGAGCGGUUCGCCGACGCCACCGAACAG